GCUGAGCCGGCGCGGCGCGGCGUACGCAGGCAGCAUGGCGGCGGCGCUGGGCGGCCUGGGCCUCCUGCACGGCCGAGUCAGGCUGGCCGCCGCGGCCGCCGCGACCUCCUCCCUCAGCCGGCCCGGCCGCAGGGCGCUGGUGCCGGCAGGCGCUGCCGCAGCUCUCCCCUCGGCCGGGAGGAGCUACGGGUCCGAGGCGAAGGAAGAGGAGGAGCUGCGGGUCCGGUACCUGGACGAGGAGCACAAAGGAAUUGUGGUGCUUGGAUUAAACAGAUCUCAUGCCAAGAAUGCACUUAACAAAAAUCUUUUAAAAAUGAUGUCAAAAGCUGUGGAUGCUUUGAAAUCUGAUAAGAAAGUACGAACUGUUAUAUUCCGGAGUGAAGUCCCAGGGAUAUUCUGUGCUGGUGCUGACCUUAAAGAAAGAGCAAAAAUGCACUCAAGUGAAGUUAGUUCUUUUGUCUCAAAAGCAAGAGCAACUAUUAAUGAAAUGGCUAAUCUCCCAGUACCUACUAUUGCCGCAAUAGAUGGGACUGCGUUAGGUGGUGGCCUAGAACUUGCUUUAGCCUGUGACAUAAGAGUGGCAGCCUCAUCUGCUAAAAUGGGUCUAGUUGAAACAAAGUUGGCAAUCAUUCCAGGUGCAGGGGGCACGCAGCGAUUGCCUCGCACAAUCGGUGUAUCUCUGGCAAAGGAGCUGAUCUUCUCCGCGCGUGUUGUAGACGGCGAGGAAGCAAAAUCCAUAGGGCUGAUCAGCCACGUGGUAGAGCAGAAUGAAGCCGGGGAUGCUGCCUACAGGAGAGCCUUAGCUCUUGCGAGAGAAUUUUUACCUCAGGGACCACUAGCAAUGAGAGUUGCAAAACUGGCCAUCAAUCAGGGAAUGGAGGUGGACUUAAUAACAGGUUUAGCAAUUGAAGAAGCUUGUUACGCUCAGACUAUUCCAACAAAAGAUAGAAUUGAAGGUCUUCUUGCAUUUAAGGAGAAAAGACCUCCUCGCUACAAGGGAGAAUAGAAGAAGCUGAUGCCUUUAAAAUGCAGUGGGGUAAACGUACUGCUAGGGGGACCGCUAAGGUGCACUUUGCAUCCGCACCUGGAAUAUCACAACCACCAAAGUAAAAGCAAAUUAUACCGGCGUUAAAACAUUUUGAAUGUGUCCAUACUUGCACUGGGCGCAGAUAAAUACAUGUGUCAAUUCAUGGUCAUUACUGUUUCUAAAGGUUGUUCUGUGUAUUGGCAGGGUCAUGGGUUCAUGCAGCAUUUUUAAAAUUUCAUAUGUAUGAAACAUCAUUCCACAAACAAAAAGCUCUGUAAAUUCCUUGUAUAGAUGAAGCCUAUAUGUGAUGUUAAGUGUAAGUCUACUGUAUCAUUUUAUCAAAAUAAAAGUGACUUCUACCCACCAAAAAAAUGUACCAAAUAUGCAUUAUAAAUGAUUCUGUAUAUCAGCAAAAAUUAUAUUUGAAUAUUCCAGCUGAAUAUGUACCUUAUUAAUAAAGCUAAGGGAAAUGAAAAGGAUUAUUGUUUGGAAAAUGUUAAGCUUUAUUUAUCUGAAUUACACUAUUAUAAGCAAAAUGAAAUUAACUUUGAGAAUAGCACAUACUGAUGUCCUUUUGAUGAAGUCAUUGCCAUUAUAUUCAUUUAAUUGUAUUACAUUAAGACAUCUGUGAGACCAGCCUUUAAUUAUCCGUUCUUGUAAGUUAAAUUCAGCUUUGUCUUGCAUUCUUGCAAACUAUCAUCCGAUCAACGCUGUCUGCUGUAAAGGAACUUUGUUUCACUUGCCCCAGUAAUUUUAAGUUUUUGAUGCAUUAAAGACUUCUCAGUGCAGGGAUGUGACUAAUACACUGUGAAAGCUAGAAUUCUCUUCAGCUCUCAGAUGCUGGUUUUGUGGGUUUUAGUAGUGCAUGUUUGUGUACUGCAGGGAUAAAACUGAAAGGUUUUUUAUUUUGUGGAGGCCUCAGGGUUCUUUUCGUGCUUUACAAGAGAAAUCCAGUACGUUACGAGGCGAGAAAACUAUUGUGAUUCAUACUGUGUAUUUGCUAUGCUAGUGGCAUGUACAGCAAAUACCUGGAAAUAGCCUCUUAGAAAGUAUUUUUGUUAACCUGACUGGAAAAUACACGUGGCGUAGCAGUCAGAGGCUAUCUUUUUUAUAUAGAAACAAAUUCCUUCGUAUUCAGUUGCCGUUGGCUGAUGAAACUCGUGCAUGCUCUGCUGUUUCUGCAGCAUUAACUAUGGUCACUGUCCGUAUCUGUGGUGAUAAAGCAGCUGAUCAACAUGAAAUGACAAGAACUCAUUUAAAUUCAUAUUUAGACCUAUCUUUACACGUAAAUUGAUUAUAACUGGUAGAGCACACACUUUGUUGACUGGUAAACUUGCUGACUCCAUCAUUUCAUGCAUGAUAAUUUGCAAAUAAAGUACCGGUGCUUGUUUUGAUAGUCAUAUGAAGCCUAGAGGGUCAUUUUCUCCUGUUUUUGAAAUGCUAACAUGUCAUUUUCAUUUCUACUGAGUAGGAAAUAAUUAUGUUAAUGGGAGAAAAAAUACUAAGUCUAUGCUGGCUGGUUUGUGUUUCAUAACUUUGAUAUACAGUCUGGUUAUUGAGCUGCCUCUGGUUUUCUAACAAGCGCUGAUUAAGUAACUCCUGGGAAUGUCUAAAAAAUUUGAAUGACAUUAAAUACUAUGGCGUAAGACUGUGCUGUUCAACA